UUUAAACCGGCGGGCGCCUGUAAAUCCCGUCAAUCCCCAGACAACAACGCACACGCCAAUCGGAAACUAAUGGUGGGUAGUAGAGUAGAUGUAGAGUAGUUUCUGGGGCAGCUGUCCUCAAAAGACAAAAGUAUUUGCUUGGCCUCGCCUGUUUCUCCUAGCAAUUGUCAGACUCAUUUAUUUGAAUUGUUGUUGUUCCGUCUCUCACCCAAACAACAUUCUCUUUCCUCUGACAACCUUCAAUAUGCUUUCUCCCUUCAGAUUAGCCAGCAGGCAAGCAAUUACUCGCGGUGUUGCUUCAAGAAGUAGCAUUGCCAUCAGACAAGCUUCCACCUGGGCUGAUGUACCACAAGGUCCUCCAGUAUGUAUUUCUUCAAUGGCACAACUUUAGAGACUCCAAGCUAAUCUGUUACAGGAUGUAAGUCAUUGAAUUCUCCCAUUCAAUAGAAGGCUAGUUUUCUAAUUGUGCGAUUGUUUGUGUGCAGGCCAUCUUAGGUAUGAGUUAAGAAUUGGAUUAUUUGGUCUGACUUUGAAUUCUGACAAAAAAUUAGGUAUUACCGAGGCCUUCAAGGCAGAUAGUUUCAAGGAGAAGAUCAACCUGGGUUUGUCAUACCGGAUUUCUCUCAAUCAAUUGACACUGACUUUUUUCUAGGUGUCGGCGCAUAUAGAGAUGAUGCAGGCCAACCCUACGUCCUUCCCUCCGUCCGAACCGCAGAAGACAAGGUCGUUAAGGCAAAGCUCAACAAAGAAUAUGCUGGUAUUACCGGUGUUCCAGAUUUUACCAAGGCAGCUGCUGUCCUUGCCUACGGUGAAGGAUCAAGUGCUCUCGACCGUCUAGUCAUCACACAAUCCAUCUCCGGAACUGGAGCUCUCCGAAUUGGAGGUGCCUUCCUCCAACGAUUUUACCCUGGCGCAAAGAAAAUCUACAUCCCAAACCCAUCAUGGGCAAACCAUGCUGCCGUCUUCAAGGACUCAGGUCUCGAGGUUGAGAAAUAUAGAUACUAUAACAAGGAUACAAUUGGUCUCGAUUUCGAGGGUAUGAUUGCAGACAUUAAGGCUGCUCCAAAAGGAAGCGCUUUCUUGCUCCACGCAUGUGCGCACAACCCCACCGGUGUCGACCCAACUGUUGAGCAAUGGAAGGAGAUCAGCAAAGUUGUCAAGGCUAAUGGACACUAUGCUUUCUUCGAUAUGGCCUACCAAGGAUUUGCUUCUGGUGAUACCGACAAGGAUGCCUUCCCUAUCCGUCACUUCAUCAAGGAAGGCCACAACCCAUGUCUCGCCCAAUCUUUCGCCAAGAACAUGGGAUUGUACGGUGAGCGUGUCGGUGCAUUCUCCGUUGUCUGCGCCGAUGCCGACGAGAAGAAGCGUGUCGAUUCUCAAAUCAAGAUUCUCGUUCGUCCUCUCUACUCCAACCCUCCCGUUCACGGUGCCCGUAUCGCUUCUACAAUCCUCAACGACAAGGCUUUGAACAAGCAAUGGCUUGGUGAGGUCAAGGGCAUGGCUGACCGUAUCAUCACCAUGAGAGCUUUGUUGAAGAAGGAGCUCGAGAGCUUGGGCUCAAAGCACGAUUGGUCUCACAUCACCAGCCAAAUUGGCAUGUUCGCAUACACUGGUUUGACUCCUGAGCAAAUGGAUAAGUUGGCUAAGGAGGUAAGUUUUGUUCCACAUCAUUAGGAUAGAAAUCGUCUUUGCUAAUCAUGAUUUCAGCACUCUGUAUAUGCUACCAAGGAUGGUAGAAUAUCGGUCGCUGGUAUCACUACAGCAAAUGUUAAGAGAUUGGCUGCUGCCAUUCAUGCUGUUAAGCCAUAGAUGGGUUAUGUAGUUACAACUGCAAAAUUUAACAUAGCAUGGCAUGAUAGACAAGAUCUUUCUUGAAAUUAUUUUUUAGAGGCGAGUCCCGCGAAAAAGGCGCAAUAUAUACCAUCAAGAGAAAGAAAAAGUCUUC